AUGGCGACCAAAAACUUGAAGUCACUACCACACGAGAAGCGCAAGGGCGAGGCUGCCCUGAGCGACUUCGCCGACUACGUCGAGAAGCAGCAAGCACUGCGAUAUCCCUCCGCAAAGGCGACCGAAGUCUCCAAGACCGCUGGCGCCACCGCCCCCGAGCACCAGCAUGCCGAACUCGACGAGCUCUUCGACACCCUCGACCUUGCCGAUGACGCCGGCCCUAGCGUUCGCCUCAAGGACCUGCUCCUGGGUACUGACGAUGACGCAUUGGAGAAGUUGAAGGUCAUUAUCGAGGAAAGGAUAGUCGAAGGCCAUGGGGAGACCGUCUUUGAAGUCGGCUUCGAGAACAACGGUGACUCCAUGGCCCUGUCGCUAGAGCAGUGGAACGCCGCAUACACAAGAGUCCAGUCGGCGGCUAAGAGGAUACGGGCAGACUGCCAGCUGCUCAUUACAAAGAACGUCGGUGGAGAUGUCGAAGCCUCUAGCACCGCUACCAAGUCAGGGAAGGACAGCCACUGCAGUGGAAAGAUCAUGAUCCGUCAGACCCCCGCGACUGUCGAGGAUGUUAUUGAGACCAGGAUAGCAGUCGUCGGCAAUGUGGACGCAGGAAAAAGUUCUCUUCUGGGAGUGUUAGUCAAGGGCGACCUGGAUGAUGGAAGAGGACGGGCACGGGUAAAUCUGUUCCGCCACAAGCACGAGAUCGAGUCGGGAAGGACAAGCUCUGUCGGAAUGGAGAUCCUGGGCUUUGACACUGUCGGUGAGGUAGUCACCUCCGACACCCCAGGCCGCAAACUGUCUUGGGAGGAGAUCGGCAAGCGCAGUGCCAAGGUUAUCACCUUCACUGACUUGGCUGGUCACGAGAAGUACUUGAGAACAACAGUGUUUGGCCUUCUCUCAAGCAGUCCAAACUACUGCUUGCUCAUGGUUGCGGCAAACAACGGUCUCAUCGGGAUGAGCAAGGAGCACUUGGGAAUUGCUCUGGCUCUUAACGUUCCGGUUAUGGUCGUCAUCACCAAGAUCGACAUCUGCCCGCCCCAGAUUCUGGAGCAGACAAUAAGCCAGAUCACCAAGAUCCUCAAGUCUCCAGGGGCGCGCAAGAUUCCCAUCUUCAUCAAGGACAGAGAGGAGUGCAUAAACACUGCAACCCAGUUCAUCAGUCAAAGGAUAUGCCCCGUAUUCCAGGUCUCCAACGUCACCGGGGACAACCUCGAUCUUGUUCGCACCUUCCUCAACAUCUUGCCGCACCACGGACGAUACGACUCCGACGCCCCGUUCGAGUUCCAUGUCAACGACACAUUCUCUGUUCCUUUCGUUGGCACUGUCGUGUCUGGUAUCAUCAAGUCCGGUGUGGUCCAUGCUGGAGACAACGUCCUCAUUGGGCCUGACUCCCUAGGCAAGUUCACUGAGACCAGUGUUCGAAGCAUCGAGCGCAAGCGUCUCGGCGUCCCAGCCGCUUCCGCAGGGCAGUCAGCUUCUUUUGCUUUGAAAAAGGUCCGUCGUAAGGAUGUACGGAAGGGCAUGGUCGUCUUGCCGAAGCUUGAGGGCCAGCCAGCUCCCAAGGUGCACAGAGAGUUCAUUGCUGAGGUUCUCAUUUUGUCUCACGCCACUACCAUCAAGACAAAGUAUCAGGCUAUGUUGCAUGUUGGACCCGUCUCGCAGACAUGCGCAAUCAUCGAUGUCGACCGCCCGUAUAUCCGAACGGGAGACCGGGCAACAGUGGCCUUCCGAUUCGUUCAGCGACCAGAAUACCUGGCGCCAGGCGAUAGGCUAUUGUUCCGCGAGGGCAGAACGAAGGGCUUGGGAAUUGUCAAGUCUGUGGGAUACGACAGCAGCAAGCCAUUAUAUCCCCACGGUGAUGCCGAGAACAGCAGCGCCGGUGCAGCCAAUGACGAGGACAAGCCUGCUAACAGCCAGGAGGUGCGUGUGGGAGCAUGA